CAAAACAAAGAGAGAGAGAGAGAGAGGGGCCAGCCAGAGUCAGACUGAGACAUACAAAAGUUUCCGUUGUGCUGCAAAGAGAAACUGGGGUCUAUAUCUGAGUAUGUUGUAGAUGAAAUCAGAGAGAGUUACGCCACAUGGGGUGAGAGAUAGUGCCUGGGCACAAGAGCGUAAAAUGUUGAGUAAGAAGGGGACGAGAGGGGUUGAGAUUGUUUAGGAAGGGUGAGUGGUUAUUUGUCUGUCUUGUUCUGCCCUCCCUUGCUCUCUCUCUUUCAGGGUUUUCUCUUUAUACUUUCUCUUUAGAAACUGAACGGGAAAGAGACUGUUUAAAAUAUAUUGGCUACUUCUGGAGAACUGACCAAGGAAAUUGAGGAUUUAUGAAGUGAGGACUUUAUGAAUGCAGGCUUGAAAAAACAAAAUUUUUGAAAGAUUGUUUGUAAACAUUUUUGAGAGAUUGUUUGUAAACAUUUUUGAGAGAUUGUUUGUAAACAGUUUUGAGAGAUUAUUUGUUUGCACUUUUCUGGACAAGACGUUUCCCCUCCACUCUUUCUAAACCACAGCAGCUGUCUCCAUUCCUGUUGGACUAUGGUAUAUUCUGGCGCUCUGCCCCUAUCUGGGUUACCUGAUUUCAUUGGAUUAUUCUUUGGAUUACUGAGGAACACUGGUGAAGAUAUAUUGGAUAAAGUGUGCUCUUUUCAACCAAAGCUGUCAACCAUAAAGAUACAAUGACAUCAUUUACUAAGCUGUCCAUGCCAGACAUGACAGACAUCUAGACCACUCCCUCAUUCAACUGUCACAGAUAGGGCUGCCAGACACAAACCGCCAGGCUGCACUGAACAGAUCCCACUCGGACUAACACACCACAACCAGGAAUCCCUCCUCAGGACAAUGGCCACGGGGGGGAACGGGCUAGGAUCUGACCGGAGCCUGACAUCCACCUCCCAGCUGCCCAGUGCCUCUGACCGGAGCCUGAAAUCCACCUCCCAGCCGCCCAGUGCCUCUGACCGGCGGCAGGUGGACAAGGCCCUGAAGAGACUGGAGAAGCUGCAUCGGCUGUGUACCAACCCCAGGCUGGGCCUGAGGAACAGCCCCCCGUACCUCCCCGAGGUGGUCUCAGAGACAGCCACGCUGCUCACCCAGGUGUGGGAGCCGUACAGGGGGCCUGCAGCAAGGGGGCAGGCCCCCCGGGGGGAUGAGGGGGAGUACCUGAGGAUCCAUGCAAGACACCUGCUGGAUAAGACUAACCGGGCCGUGCUGCUGUUUAAAGAGGGGCGUGAUAAGAUGUUCGAGGAGAUGUCCAGCUACAGGAGAAACUUGACCAAGCUGUCCCUGCUCUUCAGUCACAUGCUCUGGGAGCUGAGGGCCAUGUUUCCAGAGGGAAGCUUUCAAGGCGACACCUACAGGCUGACUAAGACAGAGGCCGGAGAGUUCUGGAGGCGAGCAUUUGGAAACAAGUGUAUUGUGCAGUGGAGCAGUUUUAAGCAGCAUCUCCGUAGGGUCCAUGGCUUUGAAGAGGGGAUGGAGUCCAUGGCUCUAAAGUCAACUGUAGAUCUCACCUGUAACGACCACAUCUCAGUGUUCGAGUUUGACAUCUUCACCAGGCUAUUCCAGCCCUGGACGUCUCUUCUGAGGAACUGGAACCAGUUGGCAGUGACCCACCCCGGCUACAUGGCCUUCCUCACCUACGACCAGGUCAAAGCCCGCCUCCAAAACUACCUGCACCGGCCUGGGAGCUACAUCUUCCGUCUGAGCUGCACUCGGAUGGGCCAGUGGGCCAUUGGUCAUGUGACAGGUGAUGGCGGCAUCGUACAGACGAUCCCCCAGAAUACACCUCUCUACCAGGCCCUCAUCCAGGGCUUCAGGGAGGGCUGCUAUCUUUACCCUGACGGACGUGAUGUGAACCCAGACCUCACCAGUCUGUGUGAACCAGCACAGAGAAGCAGGGUCAAAGUCACAGAGGACGAGUAUGAGAUGUACUGUGAGAUGGGUAGUACCUUCCAGCUGUGUAAGAUCUGUACAGAGAGAGACAAGGACACACGCAUCCAGCCCUGCGGACACCUGCUGUGCCAACCCUGCCUCACAGGAUGGCAGAAGUCGGAUGGACACACCUGCCCAUACUGUCGCUGUGACAUCAGAGGGACAGAGUCCAUCCUGGUGGAGCCUUACCUGUCUGUCAGCGAGGAAGAGGAAGAUGAAGAUGACCUGGAGGAUGUACAGCUAGUCAUGAAAAAACUGGCCUAUAUGAAGAGGAUGUCGUCUGAAGAGUACCAGUUCCCCAGCUCUCGCCUGGCUCCACCCCUCCCUCCCAAACACAGCACCUUCUCCCACUGCCCUUCCCCACAAGCCCCCUUACGGCCCUCCGAUAUACUGGCCAAAUACUCCCACUCUAACUCGCGUUCUGCUCACAGUGACACCCCCUCAGACAGAGCGCACACACACCACAUUGCCAGCACGAAAAGUGAGGAUUCUGUCUCAGAGCCAAACCUCCCCUCCUGUUCCGUCUCCUCCCAGUCCUGUGGAGAGGUUGAAGUCGGAAGUUCAUAUACACCUUAGCCAAAUACAAAUAAGUUUAUUACAAAUACGUUUUUCACAAUUCCUGACAUUUAAUCCUAGUAAAGAUUCCCUGUCUUGGGUCAGUUAGGAUCACCACUUUAUUUUAAGAAUGUGAAAUGUCAAAAUAAUAGUAAAGAGAAUGAUUUAUUUCAGCUUUUAUUUCUUUCAUCACAUUCCCAUUGGGUCAGAAGUUUACAUACACUCAAUUCAUAUUUGGUAGCAUUGCCUUCAAAUGGUUUAACUUGGGUCAAACAUUUCAGGUAGCCUUCCACAAGCUCCCCGCAAUAAGUUGGUUGAAUGUUGGCCCAUUCCUCCUGACAGAGCUGGUGUAACUGAGUCAGGUUUGUAGGCCUCCUUGCUUGCACACGCUUUUUUAGUGCUGCCCACAAAUUGUCUAUAGGAUUGAUGUCAGGGCUUUGUGAUGGCACUCCAAUAACUUGACUUUGUUGUCCUUAAGCCAUUUUGACACAACUUUGGAAGUAUGCGUUGUCCAUUUGGAAGACCCAUUUGCGACCAAGCUUUAACUGAUGUCUUGAGAUGUUGCUUCAAUAUAUCCACAUCAUUUUCCGUCCUCAUGAUGCCAUCUAUUUUGUGAAGUGCACCAGUCCCUCCUGCAGCAAAGCAACCCCACAACAUGAUGCUGCCACUCCCGUGCUUCACGGUUGGGAUGGUGUUCUUUGGCUUGCAAGCCUCCCCUUUUUCCUCCGAACAUAAGGAUGGUCAUUAUGGUCAAACAGUUCUAUUUUUGUUUCAUCAGACCAGCGGACAUUUCUCCAAAAAGUACAAACCUUUGUAUUUUGGUACAAACCAAAGUACAUUCAUCUCUAGGAGACAGAACACUUCUCCUUCCUGAGCGGUAUGACGGGUGCGUGGUCCCAUGGUGUUUAUACUUGCGUACUAUUGUUUGUACAGAUGAACGUGGUACCUUCAGGCGUAAAAUUGCUCCCAAGGAUGAACCAGACCUGUGGAGUUCAACAAUUUUUUUGCUGAGGUCUUGGCUGAUUUCUUUAGAUUUUCCCACAAUGACAAGCAAAGAGGCUCUGAAUUUGAAGGUAGGCCUUGAAAUACAUCCACAGAUACACCUCCAAUUGACUCAAUUGAUGUCAAUAAGCCUAUCAGAAGCUUCUAAAGCCAUGACAUACUUCUCUGGAAUUGUCCAAGCUGUUUAAAGGCUUAGAGUCAACUUAGUGUAUGUAAACUUCUGACCCACUGGAAUUUAGAUACCAUGAAUUGUAAUUUCAAUUAUCUGUAUGUAAACAAUUGUUGGAAAAAUUACUUGUGUCAUGCACAAAGUAGACUAACUGACUUGCCAAAAUAAUAGUUUGUUAACAAGAAAUUUGUGGAGUGGUUGAAAAACGAGUUUUAAUAACUCCAACCUUAGUGUAUGUAAACUUCCGACUUGAACUGUAUAUAUUCCUAUCUAACAUUUAUCUUGAAGGUGGAGCAGCCUGGUUAGGGGCCUCAGAUGAAGUGAAACAGAAGAAGAGAUACAAAUAAAGGAGUGAAAGGAUGUCAGAGCUCCGGGUACAGCCAGAGAGAGCGGGAGAGAACCAUGUCCUCCUGACGCUGGAUGUCAGAGCUCCGGGUACAGCCAGAGAGAGCGGGAGAGAACCAUGUCCUCCUGACGCUGGGAGAAAAGAUAAGCACAACAUCUCUGACUGUCUCAAGAAUGGAUGGAUAAUUGAUAAUCGAUUUCCACUGUUCCUGUUAACAGCCAUUGUUAAUCUUAUGUACAUGUAUCUUAUGUAUGCCUUAAUAUGGAGGGAGAAUGCCCUGUUGAUCUACUAAUAAUGACAUCAAAGUGAAUGGAGAAGGACAGACUGAUGGAGCAACUCACUGAUGCCCUCUGCUGCACAGCAAACAGAGUAAGCUGCUGCACAGCAAACAGAGUAAGCUGCUGCACAGCAAACAGAGUAAGCUGCUGCACAGCAAACAGAGUAAGCUGCUGCACAGCAAACAGAGUAAGCUGCUGCACAGCAAACAGAGUAAGCUGCUGCACAGCAAACAGAGUAAGCUGCUGCACAGUUCCAAUAACAGGUCAAAUCCUUCCAUUGCUUGAUGUGUGUAUGUAGGGCAUUGAAAAUAUGCUACCUCAUAAUUUACCCCAUACUUAAAACAUAUUGCAAACCUAGGCUUUAAUUCAUGACUGCAAAUUACAGUGUGGGGCAGAGUCCUUCAGAACUUUGUCCAGGAUGUAUGGCUAGUACGGUAUAUAGCCUACAUACUAUAGUUGUAUGUUAAUAUGAUCAAACAUGAAACCCAAAUAAAUAUUUUGCACAUCC